AUGGGGAAAGAUUCGUCGAAGUCUUUUUUUAAGAGUGUUGUGAUAUUUGUAGUGUGUCUGUUGAUAUUUUUGAAUUUUCCAUAUGUUUGUGAGACACAUGCCCAUUCACAUGAACAUGAUCAUGAUCAUGUUCAUCAUCAUCAUGACGACCAUGCCCACCAUGAUCAUCAUCAUAGACAAGGAGAGACUCCAUCAUUUAAAUAUUCUAGAGAAGCCAAUGUAAAAUAUGAGGAAGAUGUUAAAUUUGCAGAUAAUAGCCACGUAUCAAAAGAUAGAUUUACACUCUGGGCCCAAGCAAUAGGUGGUGAUAUAAAAGUAGCAGGUUAUCUUAAUUUAGCUGCUGAUUUUACUCACAAUUUCACUGAUGGAUUAGCAAUUGGUGCUUCAUACCUGGCUGGAAAAAAUGUUGGAAUUGUAACCACUAUCACAAUUCUUUUGCAUGAAGUUCCUCAUGAAAUUGGAGACUUUGCUAUUCUAAUACAGUCAGGAUGCAGUAAGAAGAAAGCUAUGUACCUGCAAUUAACUACAGCUGUAGGUGCUCUUACUGGGACCUUGGUGUCGUUGCUAGCUGAAGGAAUUGAUAGCACUGCCACUUCAUGGAUUCUUCCUUUUACAGCUGGUGGGUUCAUUUAUAUUGCUACUGUGUCAGUAAUUCCAGAACUUCUCUCAGACACAAAAUUCUGGCAAUCCGUUAAAGAGAUAAUUGCAUUAUUAGUAGGAGUGUAUAUGAUGAUUCUCAUAGCAUAUUUUGAGUAAGUAGUGUACUAUUGUGUGAUGUAAUAAAAUAAUAAUUUUUUAAUGAUUUUGCUGUGUAAUUCAACCAGUAAAAUUAUAUACUUUGAGAUACAUACAGUCGAGUCAUUUUGAUAAGAGAAUGUGAAGGCUGUGAAAUCUAAAUAUUUCUUGUCAUUCGGCUUGGUUGCCACAGACAUCAAAGAGAAUAGAGGGCUAGCUGUGCUCUUUGGAACUGGAGUAAUUGAGUAUUUAAUUUCUUGUCAUAGGACAGAAUAAACCUCUUGUUGUGUGAAAGCUGAAGUUCACAUACUUAUAACAUCACAGGAAAUUUUGUUAGGAUGAACAUUUGAUCAUAAAAUCUAUUUCAAGCUGAAGAAUUGAAUGAUUUCCUAGUAUUAAGAAUUGCUAUUUGCACAAGAACUUGCCCAAUAAAUUCUUUAACUGGAUUCAUAUUGUUCAUUUGUCAGGGUGCAAAUUGGCAGAGGGGAUGGUGGGUUUUAGUAAUCUCUGUGUGUUCAUGUCUCCUACUACAUCAAUAUUAAUUUGUUCAGGGACUGUACAUAAUUAGAUUUAUAAUUUCCAUUACCUAAAUCAUCAAAUUAGGGAAAUUAGAAAAACAAUAUAUCAAGGACAUUCCACGUGCUCCCUAGAAUUCUGGCACCCACCAUAUCUUCAAUUCGCACCUGUCAUUUCUGAACAUUUUUUUUGUUUUAAUGAUAGUAUAGGUUGGCAGUUGGAUAAUUAAAUGCAAUCUUUGUAUGUUUUUAUCUUAAAUAGUGUAUUUUGUUGAAUUUUUCCCAUUGAAACUCCUCGAAUGUUAAAGUAAAUUAAAUAAUGGAAAAUGAUCUUGUGAAGCAAAUGUAUUAAAUUGGACUUGUUCUUUCAAUUAUUUAGUUGUAUCAACCAUUCCUUACCAUAGAAUACUAACAAAUUUAUAAUGUCAAUGGCAACUCUGUUUUAUUGUUAUGAACCAAAUGAGUUCAUAUUUCAUUCACCAUGAACAAAAUGAGUUCAACUUGUAGAGACACAGAGAUUAUUUUCUAAUUCUCAAUGUUUACUAGAUUGUGUUGGAUUGUAGGACCACCCUACAUACAAAGUAAUAAUACAUAGCAGAAUCUUUCUGACCAGAGAUGUUUUCACAUCAUCUAAUGCCUAGGUCCACUAAUGGUUGUAUGUCCACAAACCUUUCCUUGAUGGAUGUGAUGUGUGUGGUUCAAAGUUUCACUUCUUGAGAGGACAUGAAAAUGCCUUUUUAUGACUAAUGUGAAAUAUUUUUGAGUGCUGAAAUUGAAAGAUGUUUUAUAAAAAUGUAUUCCUAUUUGGUAAUAGUGACCAGACAUUUUAAUAAUUUAGUUUUUGCACUUGGUAUUACUAAUACAUUACCAUCACUACUUCCUUUUUUUUCUCCAUUUAGCUUGGAAUCAUUUUCACAAGAUGGUAAAUUUUGUAAAUGAAAAAAUACAUAAUCAGUUUGUAGCUAAAUAUUGUAAUGUAUUAUCGGGGUUUAUUAAAUACACCAUCUUAAACUGCACUUAUAUUAAUUUUGUCUCAAUAUUUUUUUAUGUUGAGUGUCAAUUUCUCCAGAGGUGAUCCUGUCAAUUUAUUUAUUUGCUUUUGUUUCAUGUAAUUAUUUGCAUUACUGGUUUUAAUAUAAUCUUGUACACAUUCAGAGAAAUUAAUUUAUUUGAAAGGAUCUAUAUUGUAUUGGCUAAAUAAGACUAAUUACUAAUGAUAUGGCAUUAUUUUUACAUUUGAUGUUGAGAAUAUUAUAAAAUGUUUCUCCAAGUACUGUAUUUAGAUGUUUUGUUGUUGUUUUUUAAGUAGUUUUGGAUGUUGGCAACUGCUAUUUAGAACUUCUGACUGAUGUGAUGGCAGAAAGUACCCAUAAGAAAGGAAUAAAAACUAGACAAAGAACAUUUGAAAAAUGCAUUAAACUGUAUUACUAAAGUUUCACCCAUCCUUCAUUAAUUACUACAUUUUUAAAAAGUAGUGGCAGAUGUCCAAUAUUACUGCAACAGAUCUUAUUUGGAUAAGUGGGAGAAAUAAUUUUAGAUACAUUUUGGUGUGAUAAUAUAUAAGAAACAUUUAUUCUUAUAAGAAUCUCAUAUACUAUUAUUAUAGUGUAUAUUUUAGUGUUGCAUUCUGUUUUAGAAGAUUAGAUGCUACAACAGCUAAACUUCUAAAUGCUAAAUCCGUGGUUGUAUUUCUGUUGUAUACCUUAACAUUUCUUUCUAGAUAGUAUUUAAAACUCGUAAGUAUAUACAGAGAGAGAAAAUUCUCUUAAUGUUUUCAUUGUCAAGUAGUUCCUGAGAGAUUUAAAUGUUAAUUUAAUAGACUUAUCUUCUAAAGUUGAGAUAGUUUCCAAAAAAUACCAUAAUUCUGGAAAAUGUUAGAAUAAUUUUUUACCCCCUCUGCUAAAAGUUUUGCCCUCCUGCAUUGUAGCGUAUCAGACAGUAGAAAAUGUUUUUAGAAUGAGAGACUACAAUUGCAAUUAAACCUGGACUUGUAUUUGAUAAAUAAUUUUCAUUAUUAAUAUUGGAAGUUGUCAAAAAGAAAGACUCUGAUUUUGCUUUUCCUUGAAAGAAGUUAAAUAUAAUUUGUGAUGCAGGUGAAAAUAAAUUAUUUUUAAAAAUGUUUUCACAAUUUAGAAAGUUAUUGUAAUAUGAAGACCUUUUUGUUCUUGCUCAAGAGUGUGCAUCAUGAGAGUUUGGAAAUAGGAUUUUUACACAAGUGAAAGUAACAAUGUGUUUCAGAACACGAGACUACAAAUCUGAAAAGAAAGAUGUUCCUAAAUGGGUAUUCAAAGUAUAUUGAUGUAUGUGUCAAGGCUAAAAUAUGGUUAAUGUUAGGAGUACUGGGUAAAAAAACACAUUAAGGUUAUACGGAAAAAGUGGAAUGAGUGACGAUCAUUUCAGGCUUCAUACGGCUAAUAUUGCCAUUAGCCUCUGGGUGUCAGCUCAAGUAAAGUGAUUGUCCAAGUUUAAGACAUCUUGGGUUUGCAAGAAGUAUUUUGAAAUAAAAAUGCAUUAGGAAUUGUGUUGCACAGCCUCAAGGUUGUUUAAUUUAAAUCCCAAAGGCCAGAGCUUUCUCAUGAAGCCGGAAAUGCACAGAGAAUAAUUAACAAGGUAUAUAGUGAGGUAAGGUGGUAUCAUGUAUAUUGAAUUCCGACUGAUACAGUCAAAACCAUACACUCUGGCCCUCAUUAGCCUUAGAAACUGCACAAGCAGUCUGAUCCCUUGCUAUCUGCUACAAUCCAAACUACCCUGUUGGCUAAUGGCAACUACAUCUGGCUAAAGUCCAACUUCAGGCUUUGCCCUUUCAUUUUGGAUAAUGUGGUUCUAAGUCAUCUAAAUUAGGGAUUAGCCAGAUUUGUACUUUAUCCAUAACAUGCAUGUAAAUGAGAAUAUAUUCAGGACUAAGAUGGAAAGUAAGUGGCAUGGGAAGUUUGUGUGUAAUCAUUGCUAAUUGUUUUAAAUCAUCUCUGGCAGUUUUACAUCUAAAGUAAAACCUGCAGCAUCUUGUAUUUUGCAAACUUCAACAUUCCUUGUAAAUAAAUUAUAUUCUUAUGAAUUUCAGUACCAAUCUCUUUGGUGUAAAGACUGUCGUUUUGAGUAUAGAAAUAGUUAAUUCAAUGUGUGUUUUAAUGUAUAGAUAAGAACAUGGCUUCCGUAGAGAUGUUCAGGUAAAUGGAAAUUUAUUUUUAAAUCACUGUAUGCUGACAUAUAAUAAAUGAGACUGUAAAUUCAGAAAAUGUGUUAUCCUGAUUUUCAUUAAUGAAUAGAUGAAAGGAAAUUGUAAUGUGAACCUCGUGUCUUGCUGUGAUAGAUAUAAAUCUGACUUUGAUAGUGAUGGCAGAGGAGUCUUGUUACUCUGGCAGAUCCAGGGGGGGGUCGUGGUCUUUCCUCCAAAAUGACUAGAGUUUACCUUUCUUUAUUUUGCAUAAUUCCUUUAAAUAGUGUUUAUUUAGGUUUGAAUUAUAUAAAAACUAUAUUAUUGUGUAAUAUAUCUCAAGUACAUAAAUAAUAUACAGUAUACUUAC